AUGGUUAAGACCUCGGUUCUCAACGACUGCUUGAAGUCGAUCAACAAUGCCGAAAAGGCCGGAAAGCGUCAGGUCAUGAUCCGACCUGCUUCCAAGGUCAUCGUCAAGUUCUUGUCCGUCAUGCAGAAGCAUGGAUACAUCGGUGAAUUCGAGGAAGUCGAUGACCACCGCUCCGGCAAGAUCGUCAUCCAGCUUAACGGCCGUCUCAACAAGUGCGGUGUCAUCUCCCCCCGCUACAACGUCCGCAUCGGUGACUUCGAGAAGUGGGUUGUCAACCUGUUGCCAUCCCGUCAGUUCGGUUUCAUCGUCCUCACCACCUCCGCCGGUAUCAUGGACCACGAGGAGGCCAGGAGAAAACACGUUGCCGGAAAGGUCUUGGGAUUCUUCUAUUAA